AUGGACGACAUCUAUAAAGCAGCGGUGGAGCAACUCACUGAAGAACAGAAAAGUGAGUUUAAGGCGGCGUUCGAGGUGUUUGUUCAGGACGCAGAAGACGGCUGUAUCAGCACUAAAGAGCUGGGUAAAGUGAUGAGGAUGUUGGGCCAGAACCCCACGCCGGAGGAGCUGCAGGAGAUGAUCGAUGAAGUCGACGAAGAUGGCAGCGGCACUGUGGACUUUGACGAGUUUUUGGUGAUGAUGGUCAGAUGUAUGAAGGACGACAGCAAAGCGAAAUCAGAGGAGGAGCUGGCCGACCUGUUCCGGAUGUUCGACAGGAACAGAGAUGGAUAUAUUGAUAUGGAGGAGCUGCAUGAGAUGCUGAAAGCAACAGGAGAGAUGAUCAGUGAAGACGAUGUGGAGGAGCUGAUGAAGGACGGAGACAGGAACAACGACGGGAAGAUCGAUUACGACGAGUUUCUGGAGUUCAUGAAGGGAGUCGAAUGAAGCACAACACGGCGAUUCUGCUGCAGCUUCAGCACAAA